UUUUCAUUCAUAACCAAGUCCUCUCAUCCAUUCUAUACACCUAGCCACCUCUUCCCAUAUAAUUAGUCAUUUUCUCCUUUUUUUCAUUCAUAUGGAUAAACUCAUAUUCAAUUUUUGCAUUGCAUACUUUCUCUUUUUUUCUCUCUUCUUUGUGAAUGCCAAAUUAUCAUGCAAUCAAACACCAUACCCUCAUGUGUGUAACCAUUACAUUGGAACCCCUAAUACACUAUCAACCCUACAUUCUUCUUCCUUUCAUGACACUGCAAUUAAGGUUAGCAUGGACCAAGCUAUUGAAGCAUACAAACUUGUCUCAAUCAUGGAUUUGAAUAAUUUCAAAGACAAUAGAGCCAAGUCAGCAUGGGAAGAUUGUGUAGAGCUUUAUGAGGAUACAAUUUAUCAACUUAAUCGCUCCAUAAACUCAAACAAUUUAAAUGACAAAUUAACUUGGCAAAGUGCUUCCAUUACCAAUCAUCAAACUUGUCUAAAUGGUUUCAUUGAUUUCAACCUUCCCUCUCACUUAAAUUACUUCCCUUCCAUCUUAACCAACUUUACUAAAUUGCUUAGCAAUUCCUUGUCCAUUACCAACACUCUAGCUUCUUCGAUGCCGUCUUCAUUAUCGUCCUCCUCGUUGUCAAGCACAAAACGAAAUGGUGGGAGAAGGUUGUUAUCAGAUGGAUUUCCACAUUGGCUUUCAGGUUCAGAUAGAAAGCUUCUGCAGACGACACCAAGUGCUGAUAUUGUGGUGGCACAAGAUGGAAGUGGAAACUAUAAGACAAUCUCAGAGGGCAUAGCAGCUGCUAAGGGAAGUGGAAAAGGAAGAGUUGUGAUUCAUGUGAAAACAGGUGUAUAUAAAGAGAACAUUGAUAUAAAGAAGACAGUGAAGAAUAUAAUGAUAUUUGGAGAUGGAAUGGAUUCCACCAUUGUUACCGCUAAUCAUAACGCAGAAGAUGGUUCUACUACUUUCCGCUCAGCUACUUUUGCUGUUAUGGGAGAUGGUUUCAUAGCAAAAGAUAUGACCUUCGAGAAUACUGCCGGACCACAAAAACACCAAGCGGUGGCUCUCCGUUCCGGCGCCGAUCACUCCGUUUUCUACCGAUGUUCCUUCAAAGGCUAUCAGGACACUCUAUACGUCUAUGCCAACCGUCAAUUCUACCGUGACUGUAACAUCUACGGAACAGUUGAUUUCAUCUUUGGUAACGCUGUUACCGUCCUUCAAAACUGCAACAUCUUAGUUAGAAAACCUAUGGGCAACCAACAGAACACCGUAACGGCACAGGGAAGAACAGAUCCAAACGAGAAUACCGGAAUAGUGAUCCAUAACUGCCGUGUAACCGCUGCUGGUGAUUUGAAAGCAUCUCAAAAUUCAGUGAAAAGUUAUCUAGGAAGACCGUGGCAGAAGUAUUCAAGAACGGUUGUAAUGAAAAGUAACAUUGACGGUGUUAUAAACUCACAAGGUUGGGCUCCAUGGAGUGGUGGUUUUGCCUUGAGCACACUUUAUUAUGCAGAAUAUAUGAAUAUUGGUGAUGGUGCUAAUACUAAUGGGAGAGUAAAUUGGUCUGGUUUUCAUGUAAUUACAAAUCCUUCGGAAGCAGUUAAAUAUUCGGUUGGUAAUUUCUUGGCUGGCGAGUCAUGGAUUUCUGGAAGUGGUGUGCCGUUUGAUGGAGGACUGUGAAAGAGAGUGAUUGAUGAUCAUGUAUAGUGGAGAAGAAGAGUCUUCAAAUUGAUGAUAUUUUGUUUAGUAUAAAAAGGGGAUGGUGAAAGCAUGGUGAGUGAGUGAGUGGUGACAAUUAUUGUGAUGUAGUUUUCGUUUGUACAAAGGUUAUGAAAAGAUGCUGUACUUUGUCUGGCUAUAGAUGUCUCUUGUCUCAAAAGAGUCAACUAUAGGAACAAUACAUAUGGAUUAAGAUAAGUCGUUAGUUAUUACAUUUAGUUUCAAUAAGAAAAAAAAAUUGUCUUAAGUUAGUUUCUUCCUCUUUGAUUACUACUUAAUUUGUAGCUUAUUUUGUAUAUGCACCGAUUCGUAUAUGUAUAAAAGUUCUUCUACUUUAUUAAAGUAAA